ACCUCUAUUUGGUCAAGGACUAUGUUGUAAAAAAAAUCUUUCAAACUCUUAAUUUUCUGUGGUUCUUUGCUUCUCCCGGAGGUCUGCUCGGUGCUGUGGGGGACCGUGUGACCGCCUCUCCCCGGGGACUGUGUAGCCGGCCCGGGGUUGACUGUUUCGGGCAGCUGCUUAGCGGUUUUGUGAUCUCUUGACUGGAGGGUUUUUUUUCUUCUUACUGCAAACCAAGUUAGCUCAACAGCUAAUCCUAAAAGUCACGUCACCUGUGCGGACCCGAAUAAAAAGUUUCGCCGUAGAUCCGGGACCAGCCGGGUGAGUUUUAACUAUCUGCCCUUACAAAACUUUGUCCGGAGUGUUUUUGCGCGGGGUUCGUGUUUUAUCUCGCUUUAACGCAGCCAUUAAAUUUGCGUUGGCAGACAGCAGCAAGUGGAGCGGAGCUGCGGGUCAUAAAUGACGGUAAGACCCGCAGUUACACACGGAUACGGUGUUUUUCUGAGGGAAAUGCGGUAGAGAGAAGCCAGCGUCGGUGUUCAGCCCGCUGACUUGGCGGCUCUGGGUUUGCUGCUCGUGAGGCCUGCGGGUCGGGCUUCCACCGGGCUCGAGUAAAGCUCCACGCCGCCGUCGAGAGGUCGAAGGCCGGCAGUUGGCGCUGCCACCGCCGGGCCUGCGGACCGAAGUAUGGAACGGAUGGAAGUGGAUCAGUGCGCAGGCGCAGGAGGCGGGGCACUCCGUAGGUCAAACAGCGCCCCCAUGAUCACCAGUGUCAGCGAUGGGAUGACAGUCUUCAGUCCCGUGUCCUUGGCUCGGUACAGGCGCAGCAGUGUGUCCAUCAACCCCAGCUGCCCUUCACAGCUGGUCCCUCUCUCCCCCUUCUCUCUGACCGGAGACAGACUCGACCAGAAGAGGCAGUGGUUCCACUCACAGGACAGCGGCGUCACGCCCAACUCCUCCCCAAGUCCCACCAGGAGGUUCAGACCAGCAGUCAGUGCCUCGGUGAGAUGGCCUGCGUUAACUCCACUCAAGAGGAAAGGAGGGGUGGAGUGUGAUGGACCCCCGAAGAAGCUCUUUGUUGCUGGGGUAACAGAUCCCGCCCACCGCAGCAGCUACACAGUCAGCGUCUCUCAGUCGGCGGCAGAUUCUCCUCCCGCAGGAGGCGUCAGUCUUCAGCCCAGCACUCUGUCUCUCUCCCCUCCCCCUUCCUUCACCCCCUUCACCUCCCACCAGCAACCCGGACACUAAAUCCCACCUCUCCCCCUCUUCCUCACAACGAGUCCCGACCCUGUCACUGUGGGCGCCGGGCCACCAGCAGCGCUAAAAACCUCGAAGAACAUCGACGCAAUCACGCCUUAUUUCUGUUCUAAUCAUCACUUUAAGUCUCGUUUGUUUCUGUAACCGCAUUGGACGAAAGAAUUGCAAGACAUGAAGACCUGAAGACUUAAGCGUAUCCUAAAGUGAAAUUCUUCCGCCAGCUUUUCUGCUCUUUAGGGUUAUUGUCACGUGUCGGAUCCCCGGUUUCAGACAGAAACCUUUCUUAUCUGCUCACCGACAGUCUUAUUAUUGGGUUCAACCAACUCGGCCUAUUAACAGUCGAUCAGAAUCCAUGUCGGCUGCGUCACAUUCACGGACCUGCAUGGCCUAUAAGGAGGGGUUCAUCCUAUGACUUGACAGCUCAUAGAAUGAACCUAAUCCCCGCCCCAACCCUUAAAAUUGGUUUACAGAGGAUUCAUCAUCAGCAUCAUCGCAAGAUCACGAAAAACGUUUGGGAAAGCGAGGACACACUGGUUGUGUCGUCGGGCAUAAAGCUGGAAUUAUAUGUCCGUGCACAUAAACAUCUGUGUGGACUUACAGAGAACGGUGUUCUGGGUAACUGAAGGUAGCAGUUGAGCAACAGGUAAACCUCCUAAAUCUCAGUGUGUCUUGCAGACCUGAGCAUCCAAAUAGCUGGCUGAUAACGGAGAAGGAUGAAUUGGAAUAAUUCUUGUGCAGGUCGUUCUGAUGCAGCGUACGAGCAUAGAAGCACAGAAACGUCUCUAAAACAACUCGUCUGCAGCCCAGAGAAGCCUGAAGACUGCCUCGUUCCACGGCUGUGUUUCAUGGAGAAGGUGGCACGUGAUGAACUGUUCUGCCAAUUUGUGUUCAGCGGACGUCGAAGGAGUCUACAAUGGCACACAGCUCAUUUAGUUGCUUUUUGGAUGGAUAAAUUCUGUGGGCUGCAGGUCCAUCAUCAAUCUCCAUCAUCAUCCAAUGCUGUUUAUGGCCUCUGACCAAUAAUUUGGAGGUUCUGAAGAAGUUCUAAUAAGGUCUUGAGUUGUAAUCGAAGACACAAUCUUCUCUCUAAAGGAGUCAAGGCGCUUCGGGAACAUCUGGUUCCACCCUCAGUGAUCCAAGUCGACACCGACUCCGAACUAAACCAAACAGAGAAACUGAAGGUGGAGAAAUUUUCUGAUUUAUUUAGACACAGAAGUCGGGAGCGUUCAUGACCGAUGGAUCUGUAAAGCACAUCUGGACUCUGCUGGCACUUAAUCAAAUCAGUGAACCAGGGUUACGCACUUCUUGUGCGUCAUAUAAUUUCCAACAUACUUAGAAUAUAUUUAGAACAUCAGCUAAAGAUGAUGAAUUUUGCAUCUUUAGUAAAUACAUAAAAACCUGUAAAACAAUCCAAACCCAAAAGCCCUGUGAAGAGGGUGUAACUUUAAUUAGUUAAAUAUUUUUUAAUUGUCGGGCAAUUUUGAGUCCAAACCAGCUCAACCUGACAAACAUGAAAUUAAGCCACUGAACAAAGUUGAAGUCAUUGACGCCUAAGAUUUUUGUGUUUUAAUGAGAAGGUGUAGUUGUCUGUUACGUCAGAGUCACCACGACUGAAGCCUCGACAGUUUGUUAAACUUUGAACGGAAGUGUGAAGAACUUGUGGUCUUUAGCACCACCUGUUUGUUAAUAGUGUAUCUAUAUGUGAAUAUUGACAGUCGGAGCAGCUGAUAUGUGCUCAGUUUUCUUCAGCCUGCGGGCUUUGAUUGUACAUAUUGAAUCUGCAGGAAGCUCUUCCCUCCUUUAUACUUUUACAUUUUCCCAGUGAGUUUUUUCUCUGCCCGACUGUAGUCUUUUUUUGCUUGAAGUCAGCCACAUGAACGUCAUCUGGUUUGUUAAACACACAGUUUGAUUGUGGUAGAAAUCCCCAUAAAACGUGACAGAACCU